ACCAUCGCUGGAAUCUAUUGGGUCCCAUUUGUCUCCUAUAGCAGAUGACCGUGGCACAUCGCCUAGAGAAAUGUCUAAGGGAAGCGAGAUAAUACACGAGCAGACAAUCCUAGAAAGCCCUGUGCAUUACAACUCUCUGGACAAAACCUCUAAAUCUUCGCUGUCAAAGCAUGGCUCUGCGGCGACCUUGACUGGUUCCCCAGAUUCUCCUGCUGCUGCCGUACGAUCCACAAUUCAUCCAAGUGGCUAUACGGCGGCCAGCCCGCUCCAGGGUGCGAGCAUCAUUUCUCGGCCUCGAGAAGGAUCUACCCCUCCGUUCGUCCAAAUAUCUAUUCGCUCUCGUACCCUCAGCCGCCAGCAAUCCACUUCUCGUCCCCCUCCAACUCGGGAACCUCCCCCACCUCCUGCAACAUCACAUGUUACUGCCUAGCGGCGGUGCCGAAGACAGAUUUUCCUCGUCGGCUGGGGAUGGGAGCUCAUCUUCCGGCAUAUCGUUCACGACAGGCAACCGGCGAAUACAAGACCUACAUAUAGAAGAAAAUCAUAAUCAACGUUACCGACCAUAUAAAGAUACCAGUUUAGGCUUUGAUCGCGACUUCGAGACUCUGCGCCAACCGGUGAAGGAGUCAGGUCGCAUUCAUGUCAGGGAUGUCAUAGAAUCACACCCACCGCCAGCAUUCCAUCAGCUGAAAAAGUCUCUGUCACAUUCAACCCUGCAGAAGGCUAAAUUAGGUUCUAGCGGUAUGCAAGAUCUCUUUAGAGGAGAUAAGGGAUUGAAGAAGCAACACUCCUUCCAUCGUUCACGUGUCCACACACCACCUACGUCUACGCCAGCCUCUCCUUCUACGCCACUUGAUCACGAUUCAUUAUCAGUCGAAAGCCAUAAACCAUCGUUCCCACGUCCUCAGCCUGCCAUGCGAAAACGUAUGUUUUCGGGUUCGAGUAGGAGACCGUCAACGGCAAUAACAGAUGAAGAUUUGCGCUCUGUGUUCAGUCUUCCAAGCUCCCACUUAGCGUCACCCAAAACUGUUGCGUCCCUACUUGAUGAACCUUCUUCAGAACCGCUUGCAUCUGGUAUGGUCACAUACCCAGUCACGGAGUUUACGCCGCAAUAUAUCAUGUCCCCCGCGGAAAUGUUGAAGGUGGAGGCAAUUGUGCAGGGUGAAUUUGACGCAAAAUACGGAGAGGCUCUACGAAAUCCUCAGCGCAGCACAUUUGCACCGACCCCUAUGUAUGGUACUUCGUAUACGAAAGCAGGCCUGAGGAUGGCUCCGACGUCUUUUCCACGUUUAGCCCCCACUCGCAGCACAUCAAAUUUCAAAGGACCUACCCCUAGAUCAUCGGCACGUCCCUCCACUGCACAACCAACUUCAUAUUCGACGCCGACGUUCCUGUCAUCCACCUUGCCCAAAGUUGGUUUGUCGCCCCCGCCACGUCUACGAGCUCGUCCACGUACCGCCGAGACGAUGUACCAUGAAGAUUUGUUCAGCAGGCAAUCAAGUAAUAUGCCAUUCAUUUCGUUAUCGCCGCCGCCUCCGCGCCCGAAGUGUCCAACUCGAGCACCAUCACUCACGGGCGAUACAACGGUACCGCAGCGAUCCGUAAUUCGGAAGCCCUCCUUCCUGGAGAUUGCAGAUGAUACCAGUGGUUAUGAAGGCAGCUUCCUCGACUUUGACAGUGGCAAAGAGUCUCUUGAUCUCUCUCGGGACCUCGACUGUGAUGAUGACGAUAGGGAUUCUAUCCCUAUUUGACGCAGCUUUUUUCGAUAGACACGCUCUUUUAAAUUGAUUAUUCUGUCCAUUAUUCGUAUGCUACUUACCUUACUGCUCUUAUAUUAAUAUACUGACACCUUCAAGUUGCCUUCACUUAUGGCAUUGUUUUAUUAGUUUAAGCCGUACUACAUAUUUACUGCUCUCCCGUUACUUCUCCCCAACCAAUCAUUU